AUAAAUCAAUCUCACUUCACUCAGAACUCGCAACCAGUUCCCCAUUCAAUUCUUUGUGUCCUACUAAGUAAAACUCUACUCAACAACUAGCAAUGGCUUAUUCUUCCUCUACUUCUCCUGGGCUCUCCUUAAAGUUUCUGUCUUGUCUACUGGUUUUGGGCUCUUUGGCUAUUGUUGCUUCGGCUAGUAGUUUUUACCAAGAUUUCGAUGUCACAUGGGGCGAUGGUCGAGCAAAGAUACUCAACACUGGGGAGCUUCUGACUCUGUCCCUUGACAAGGCCUCUGGCUCCGGCUUCCAAUCCAAGCACGAGUACCUCUUCGGUAAGAUAGACAUGCAGCUCAAGCUUGUCCCCGGCAACUCAGCCGGCACGGUCACGGCCUACUACUUGUCAUCUCAGGGGCCGACCCAUGACGAGAUUGACUUCGAAUUCCUCGGCAACCUCAGCGGCGACCCUUAUAUUCUCCAUACAAAUGUCUUCAGUCAGGGAAAGGGAAACAGGGAGCAACAAUUCUAUCUCUGGUUCGAUCCUACAGCAGACUUCCACACCUACUCCAUCCUUUGGAACCCCCGACGCAUAAUCUUCUCUGUAGAUGGAACGCCCAUCAGAGAAUUCAAGAACUCAGAAUCCAUUGGAGUUCCAUUCCCCAAGAACCAGCCCAUGAGGAUCUACUCCAGCCUAUGGAAUGCUGAUGACUGGGCCACCAGGGGUGGCCUUGUCAAGACCGAUUGGACAAAGGCACCAUUUACAGCCUCCUACAGAAACUUCAAUGCCAAUAACGCCUGCAUCUGGUCUUCAGGCUCCUCUUCUUGCGACUCCAAAUCUCCCACUUCAACGACAAAUGAUUCUCAAUGGCUCUCGCAGGAGCUAGAUUCAGCUGGUCAAGAGAAGAUGAGAUGGGUGCAAAAGAAUUACAUGAUCUACAAUUACUGCACGGAUACAAAGCGCUUCCCCCGGGGCCUCCCUUCCGAAUGCGCCAACGUUAACCUUUCUUAAUUCUUAGAGCAACUUGUCCUAUACCAAGCAUUUCACAAAUUAUUUUAUUCGUUUAUAUGUAAAACAACAUCACAAAGAAUUUUUUAUUACAUAAAUAAUCUAGUCAUUUCGUCCAUAUA